AUGGUUCCGACAAAUCCCCGUUGGUCACGUGAGCUAUCCUCUCUCUCCUCAAUCACGCAUGGAAUACCUGGCCUGAGAGAUUAUGGUCCGAAUAAAACCGGACUGAAAGAGAGCAGUUUGCCCAAGAUUUGCGUACGACAACGUCGCUGUCCAAGGUCAUCUGACUCCUCUCCGUUUAUUGUUAGUACCAAAUCACGAUCCCAGCGUUGUCGCCUACAGGAUUUAUGUAAAGAAGAUCGAGCCAAGUUAGCAAACCUAGUAUUGGAACUCGCCGCUGCUCAGGAGGCUGUUUCCCAUCAAAAUUUAAUCACCAAUUUGGGUAAUCCAAAACCAACAGAAACAUCGCAAAUGAACCACAAUUCCGAUCUGAAACCGUCGAACUCAAACCAGUUUGAUUCAAACAAAUCCAACGUCCCCUCUUCGAAAAAUGAGUCGGUUCAAGAAAUUGAAAAACGGACACACAUAGAGGAUUUGCACCUUCGCUACAACGCACAGUUGGUUCAGCUGGAACAGGAAGUGCAACGCCUACGCAUCUUGGUAACCGAGCGUAACUGUUCUACUCCUCAAUCCAGUUCGAUGACCACGGAAUCUGGCAUGGUUCAGAACUUAAAUGUGAGCACAAAGCCCGUUACUCAGAGUCGAUUUCAAAUUAAUCAUGAUCAAACUUCCAUCUCGAAGCAUUCGCGUUCUUUGUUGGAGUCUCAGUCCUCACGGACGGCGGAGAUUCAGGUUGAUUCAGAUGGGCAAGCACUUUGUCAAAAAUUGCUCCUAGAUAGAGAACUUCUGCAGCGUCAGCGACAGGUUCUUCAUGUGGUGGCCGAUCAGCAAGCACAGUUGGAACGUUUGGAACUCGAUGUUCGUCAUAUGGCACAACUGAUUGCCCAUGAACUACAGCGCGAUUCAGUAACCCAGUUGGUAAGUUGUCUCGGGUUCGUGCAACUGAUAGCCUCUCGCCCCUCCUGCCGAGGACAUCACCGUCAAACUAUUUUUUUCACCUCUGUGUAUAGUGAUGUCAAUUAUUGUCCGGAAUUGGACAACAGGUUGAAAGAUGGUGAUUGA